GCCUGGGGCAAAUGCGCCUCUGGUCGGCUCCCCCCUGUGCUUGGAAAGCGACCCCCGUGAGUCCCGGGUUCAAAGGCCCGGCGCGGCAGUUCCAGCCCCCUCGGAGGGGCGGGGAGGCAAAGGGGGUGGUGCGGGAGCCAGAAAAGCCCGAGCCACAGCCGGCCAGCCCUACGCAGGGAUGGGCAGAGCGCUCUGAAAGUUCGUGACCGCCUCAACCAAGUAACUCUGAGCCUGGACGCUCAGCUCAGGCAGCGGCAGGACUCAAAAGCUGUACCCAGUCUCACUACCCUCUUGCGGUCACAAGCGGCCACCCUCCAGGCCCGGUGCUCCCGCGCCUGAUCGGGGUUCAUGGAGCCGGGGCUGUGGCUCCUUCUCGGGCUCACAGUGACCUCCGCUGCAGGAUUUGUGCCUUGCCCCCAGCCUGGGGGCUCUGGCAGAGCCAGUGUGUCCCAGGGACCCCCUGAAGUUGGAUCAGAGGGGGGCUGUGAAGAGACUGUGGCUAGCCCUGGUGAGAGGAUUGUGUCCCCAACAGCUGCACUGCCUGCACAGCCUGGAAACGCUGGGCAGGAGCGGAGACCAGGCAGGUCUGGGGAACAGGAGGACAAGGGGGUGCCUGCACACCACCGACUUCGGCGCUGCACGUGCUUCACUUAUAAGGACAAGGAGUGUGUCUACUAUUGCCACCUGGACAUCAUCUGGAUCAACACUCCUGAACAGACUGUGCCCUAUGGACUAUCCAACUACAGAGGAAGCCUUCGGGGAAAGAGGUCCUCGGGGCCAGCUCCAGAAAGCUCCCGGCCUUCUCCACGGGCACGCUUGCGUUGUACUUGUAUGGGAGCAGAUGACAAGGCCUGUGCAUACUUCUGUGCACGCACCGCAGAUGUCACCAGUUAUUCCAGGAGAGCAGGAAGGCCAGCUGCAGAAGAGAAGCUGGAGACUGGAGGUCCACGUCAAAGGUUGAAGUCAAGGACAAAUAAAGCCCACCAGUCUUAGCUGGCUUUAGCGGGUCACAACUGAUGCUUCUUGCUUCCUGCCGUGGACUUUCCCCUGUUCUCCUUGACUGCCAGGAGGAAACUCUCUUCCAGGAAAGAGCCUUUGAGCUUGUACGUACAGAGCUUGAAUUUCCACCUCUUUAGGGACGAGGAAGGAAUUGGCCUGAGGCAAAAAUAAAAGAAUGAAAGACCAUCCAAAGAGCCUCCCCCCCUUACUGGACUCUAAGAAUGCCCAAGUCCAAAAGACCCCAGCUUCCCUAAUGGGUAAAAUGAUCCCACAUGUGCCCUGGGGGCCAGAUGCCUGAGGCUCCAGUUUCACAAGGAAAUUGUUUGGAAGGUAUGUUAAGUCAGAAAACUACUUACUGGCUUUUGACAUGACUCCUCUCAGAGAGUAAGUGGACACCAGGCUGGCUCUCUACAAAAGUAAACAGGCAUCCAUCUCCUAGAAGAUUCAGGACACCCAUGUGGUGGGAGCAGGCUUCUCCUGCAGCCUGCGUGGCCUGUGAAGUUAGUGAGGCAUCUCUCUGCUUGAGACUUUGGUCCUGACUGGGCAGUAGUCUAUGAAUUUGCAGUUCGUAGGACUUAGAAACCUCUGCUGUGCUUGGUACUCGUCAGAAGAGCGGCUCUGGAAAACAAGAAGGAAAAGAAAACAAGAGACCUGGAUGUUCAUGAGACAAAAAAAGAAACAAAACAAAACAAAACAAAAACAAUUCCCCCCACCCCCCAUUCUUGAUGGUUUUGAACUCUGGGGGAGUUCAUUGCAGAGAGCUGGGGGUCCUGCAAUGGCCUCUGAAGCAAAACUCAACCCUGCCUUGCAGUAAGCUGCCCUGAGGGACAGCUCCAGCUUCAGGCUACCGGUCUGGAUAUCUGCUUUCAUGAAUAAAUGUGGAUCUUUGGGGAGUGGCUUCAAAAUAAGCCCAAACCACAAACUCUUUGUACAUUAUGUAAAUUCCUAUUUGUCUAUAUAAUUGGCAAUAACUGGGAAUUGUAGCCUCUGUUCAAAAUGUCUUUUAGCUGAGCUCUUUCUGCUGUGUACAUGGUGAGUAUGGGGUGGCGUGGGGUCAGACUGUGAGUUCCCAUGUAUACUCUGCUCUGCAGGCCCAGCUGGGAUAGUCUGCCCACCUCCGCACUGGGCCUCACAGCAAUGGGAACCUGUCUUUGGGCAUGUUCCAAGGGCACCAUGCGGAGAUACUUUAGCUGUUGUGUGAAGUGGGGCCUUAACCAGAUGGUAAACUUCAGAGGACCGUCUCCUAAGUUAUUACAGGUGUGAAAGUGCCUGCUUAUUGGGGGUGUGUGAGAGAGUGAUGGUUUGCUGGGGGGAAUGUACAGUUAAGAGACAUAAUUAUUUAUUGGGGAACUAUUUUCUACUUAACUUCUUUAUGGGAUCUAUUAAACAUAAAGGCACUGUAGAUAGGUAGAUAGACAGACAGAAAAAAAAAUAGAUUUUAAAUUGUGUUUAAAAAUCCAAACACAUAUCUCUUAGUAGCUAGAACUCGUUUAAGUCUCAGAAGCACUAUUCAGCUCACUGGUCAAAGACAAAUCCACUCACUGUGAGAACACUUGGGAGAUAAGUCAAAUGCAUAAUAAAAAAAAAAUCUAAAACUUUGCUCUGGUUUUCAGGCUUUUCCUUGCACACAUAGUUACACAUUCACUCUUCAUAGCCCUCUGGAGACGUCAGGAGGGAGCCAGAGUUCUGGAAGUAGGAUUUAUCUAGAGAGAAAAGUGUAGAUCGAGGUGGGUGGGCAGCCAUUGAAAGGAGAGGAGUUUGGGGACCAUCUGAGAAGAUAAACAUCAAAGUGGCUGGGAAGAAAGAAGAGGAGGAGGAAGAGGAGGAGGAGG